AUGUGCUUUAUAAACAUCAGUGGCCUCAUGGAAACACUCCUGCGGUCAGAGGCAGAGGCCACCUACCUACACGGCACAAAGAUCCUCCUGGUAGGUUUUGAAUUGCGCUGGGACCAGUUACGGACAGAGCCUCGCCUGACCUGUGUCUCUUGUCUCUUUUCUCCCUGCCUGGCAGCUCCUCCCACCGUGCGCAUCGUGCACUCGGGCUUGGCCUGUAACAUAGAGGAGGAGCGUUACUCAGAAAGGGUCUACACCAUACGGGAAGGAGAGACCCUGGAGCUCACCUGUCUGGUCACCGGGCAUCCACGUCCACAGAUCAGGUGGACCAAGACAGCAGGAAGUGCCUCUGACAGAUUCCAAGACUCCAGUGUUUUCAACGAGACGCUGAGGAUCGCAGACAUCCAGAGACACCAAGGCGGCCGCUAUUACUGUAAAGCAGAGAACGGCUUGGGCUCCCCGGCAAUCAAGUCCAUCCGAGUGGACGUCUACUAUCUGGAUGACCCAGUAGUAACUGUCCAUCAAAGUAUAGGUGAAGCGAAAGAGCAGUUUUACUAUGAGAGAACCGUGUUCCUGCGUUGCGUCGCUGGUUCCAACCCUCCUGUCCGGUACAGCUGGCGACGUGGCCAGGAAGUGUUGCUGCAGGGUUCUGACAAAGGUGUGGAGAUCUACGAGCCCUUCUUCACCCAGGGUGAAACAAAGAUAUUAAAACUAAAGAAUCUCCGGCCUCAGGACUAUGCUAAUUACAGCUGCAUUGCCUCAGUGAGGAAUGUCUGUAAUAUUCCAGACAAGAUGGUGUCCUUUCGACUCUCCAAUAAAACAGCAUCCCCGUCCAUUAAGCUCUUGGUGGAUGAUCCUAUAGUUGUAAACCCUGGAGAGGCCAUAACAUUAGUGUGUGUCACGACAGGAGGAGAGCCCGCACCCUCUCUCACCUGGGUCCGGUCCUUUGGGACGCUCCCAGAAAAGACUGUUUUGAAUGGAGGGACACUCACCAUCCCUGCCAUCAGCUCAGAGGAUGCUGGGACUUACAGCUGCAUUGCCAAUAAUAACGUGGGAAAUCCUGCCAAAAAGUCCACCAACAUCAUCGUGAGAGCAUUAAAAAAAGGAAGAUUCUGGAUCACACCCGACCCUUAUCACAAAGACGACAACAUCCAGAUUGGCCGGGAAGUAAAAAUCUCUUGCCAAGUAGACGCAGUUCCUUCCGAGGAGUUGACAUUUAGCUGGUUUAAAAACGGUCGUCCGUUAAGAAGCUCUGAGCGGAUGGUGAUCACGCAGACUGACCCCGACAUAUCCCCCGGAACCACCAACCUGGACAUCAUCGACUUAAAAUUCACAGACUUUGGGACCUACACCUGUGUAGCAUCUCUGAAGGGAGGAGGGAUUUCCGACAUCAGCAUUGAUGUUAAUAUCUCCAGCAGCACAGUUCCACCCAAUCUGACUGUUCCGCAGGAAAAAUCCCCUCUGGUCACCAGAGAAGGAGACACAGCAGAGCUGCAGUGCCAGGUCACAGGGAAGCCCAAGCCCAUCAUCCUCUGGUCCAGAGCUGACAAAGACGUAGCCAUGCCUGAUGGGUCCAUGCAGACGGAGAGCUAUGACGGAACGCUGAGGAUUGUCAACGUGUCCAGGGAGAUGUCCGGGACCUACAGAUGUCAGACCAGCCAGUACAAUGGCUUCAACGUGAGGUCCAGGGAGGCGCUGGUGCAGCUCAUUGUGCAAUACCCGCCUGCCGUGGAACCUGCAUUCCUGGAGAUCCGACAAGGACGAGAGCGGGGCGUGACCAUGAGCUGCCGGGUUCUGAGAGCCUAUCCAAUACGGGUGCUGACCUAUGAGUGGCGGCUGGGCAACAAGUUGCUCAGGACUGGCCAGUUUGACUCCCAGGAGUACACAGAGUAUCCCAUAAAGAGCCUUUCAAAUGAGAACUACGGGGUGUAUAACUGUAGCAUCAUGAAUGAAGCUGGGGCCGGGAGGUGCAGCUUUCUUGUGACAGGUGAGACUCCCCAGAGUUUACUGUGCCUACCGCCUGGGCAUCAGACAGGUGAGACACGUGCCCGUGAGUGUGAGUGUGAGUGUGCCUACCGCCUGGGCAUCAGACAGCGGUCCCUCAUAGACCACCCUGGUCAUACCACGUCAGAGACUGCGGUGCAGACUUCUACAAGUGCGACUGUGAAUUUUCUAAGAAGCAAGGAUGUUGAGAACCUGAAGGCUGGACAGCAGCGUUGGUGGGAACAGGAAAUUAAAAUAAAUGGGAAUAUUCAAAAGGGAGAAUUAAUCACAUAUAACUUGACUGAGUUAAUUAAACCAGAGGCAUAUGAAGUCAGGCUUACUCCUCUCACAAAAUUCGGCGAAGGGGAUUCCACUAUCCGUGUCAUCAAAUACAGUGCUCCUGUCAAUCCUCAUUUGAGAGAAUUUCACUGUGGAUUUGAAGAUGGUAAUAUUUGCUUGUUCACUCAAGAUGACACGGAUAACUUUGACUGGACAAAGCAAAGUACUGCGACAAGAAAUACAAAAUACACUCCAAACACAGGGCCUAAUGCUGACCGAAGUGGUUCCAAAGAAGGUUUUUAUAUGUAUAUCGAGACAUCCAGACCCAGGCUGGAAGGGGAAAAGGCUCGCCUCCUCAGCCCCGUUUUCAGCAUAGCUCCUAAGAACCCCUACGGACCCACUAACUCAGCAUACUGCUUCAGCUUCUUCUAUCACAUGUACGGACAGCAUAUAGGUGUUUUGAAUGUUUAUCUACGUCUGAAAGGCCAGACAACCAUAGAGAACCCACUGUGGUCCUCAAGUGGGAAUAAGGGACAGCACUGGAAUGAGGCUCACGUCAAUAUCUACCCCAUCGCUUCAUUUCAGCUCAUUUUCGAAGGCAUCCGAGGCCCCGGCAUAGAAGGUGACAUUGCCAUAGAUGACGUGUCCAUCGCCGAAGGAGAAUGUGCAAAGCAGGACUUGUCCACCAAGAAUUCCGUGGACGGUGCUGUUGGGAUCUUAGUACACAUGUGGCUUUUCCCGGUUAUCGUCCUCCUCUCUAUCUUAAGCCCUCGAAGGUGACCUUCCCCUGGCAGAGGCUGUGACAGAUGCACCAGGCAGGCGCUGGCGUGAAGAACGAGUCUUUGUAAAUGGACAUCGAGAAAACAAACUACCAAAGAUUCCUCCACUGACUACUGACUCAAAAACAAAUAAGACAAUAGAAAACAAGAUUUUUUUUUUAAGCACUGGGGAUAACAGACAUCACGGAAGCAUAACUUAUUCAAAACUACAUAUAAAGAUCAUCUUGACCUGAGAAGAGAAGUUGAGACCUUCAGGUGCUUUUGUGGCUGAAAAAAAAAAAAAGGAAGGAAGGAAGGAAGGAAGGAAGGAAGGAAGGAAGGAAGGAAGGAAGGAAGGAAGGAAGGAAGGAAGUUCAAGACUGCAGCAUCAUCUGGUCAUCUGGUUGAACUCUGGUAUGAGAAAGCUAUAGAAAUCUCUGUCAAAGCACAAAGUCAUGGCUGGUUUUGUUUCAAAUGAAUAGUUUGCUUGUCACCAUGGAAGCCUAAUGGCCUACCAACAAAAUCCUCACUGUAAACAGGGUACCUGGAGCGCUGGCAUUUAUUUUCCCUUUCAAGAAGGUUUUACUUAGAAAAUUAAAUAAACGUAGGCCCCUUUUACCUUUGGUUAUCGCCCUUCCUUGAGAAUGAUCUGAACUCUGAGUCAUGGAGAGCGUCCAUGUCCCGCCCCACCGUCUCCACUGGCCUUUCUUACUGGCAACAUCUCUGUUUGUUUGCCCUGCCAUGGCUAAGCUAGGUAAGUAUUUGCUGCGUCUUCUUGCAUGCACCCACUCCCCAGGAUGGUGAACCUGGGCUCACAUGUUACACAGGCUUAUCGGAGUUUGCUUGCGGCCACUUGAACACCCAAACUAAGUCAUCUGUUCCAAUAAAGAAACCAAACCACCAUCUUUUAUAAAAUUGCCAUGGAAACCAAGUGCCUUCAAAGAAACAAGCCUGAAUACAUUUCCACUCAGAAGCUUGCACUGCGGAAAGUGGUCUGCGUGAAACUCUUUUAUAAACAGAUGACAGAGCUUACAUGUGCAGAUCACAGGCAAGACAACAGAGCUGCUUCUGAAACAACAGAAAAAGAAUGAUAAGAAGAAAGGACAGAGGGCUGCUGCCUGAACCCAUGCAGAAGACAAGAGGAGACACUGUCCUGUGAUCUUCCCGCCUGUUGUCCACUAGGAAGAUCCCUUCCGCGGAGACCAGACAUGGGAGCUGCAUGCUUUUCUUCCAGGUUAUCCAAUGGGUCAACCAGAGCAAAAGGUGGUUGAGGUAAUACUUAGCGCAGGAGGUGGUCAGACGAAAGAGUGACUUCUCACUCUGACCUCCACUUGAAGUUAAAUUGGCCCUAGUUUUAGAGGGAACGAGAAAAUGUCUGAGAUUGCAGUGCGUACGACCUUUGCAGCGGAACUAGGCCUGAAAAAUAAAAACAUGAAAAAAUGUCUUUAUUCUAAACACUGAGGGGGGUAUGCCUCUGCCCUUUAAUCAGACUCUUGUGCAAAUUGUGAAAUAUUAUUUUAUUAUUUUACCAAGAUAAAAAAACACUUUUACAAAAAAACAAAAACCUGUAAAAAUGAUUUUGAGCUACCUGAGGACAAAUCAUACCUUUAACCAGCCAGUUUUCCAAUGCAUUGUAAAUUUCACUUAAACCUGUUGGUUAUGAGAAUUUGAAGAUCUUUUCCCUUAAAUUAUCUCAACUUUUAACUUCGUUUAAAAAGACUUUUGUCUAAAGAAGAAUAUUAUUAUAUGUUCUUUCAGCACCCCAGGAUUAAAAAAACUGAUUAUGCAAGUAAUUGGGAUAUAAAUAUUAAAUCAUAACAUCUGCAAAGAUAAUAUAAAAGCACAACAAGAUGUAGUUGAAAAUGACAAAGCUUGAUUUUUUUAAAAACAAUCCUGUAGAAAUGUUUGUGCAAAUUCAAUAAUUCAAAUUAAAAGAUAAUUUUACAGCUAUGUUCAAUAAAGCCUCUUUCGAGGUAAGGUAUGAAAA